AAUAGGUCAUGAAGCUAACUACUCCUCUACAUAUAGCAUAAUCAUAUAUACAUAUAACAUAUAUACAUAUAUAUAAUAUAUACACUCUCUCAUGUGCAUAUAUCCAUCUAUCUACUCCAUUAACCAGUGUAUUAAUGGAGAAAGCAAGAGAUCUCUGCAACUUCUGACCUAAGUAAGGAAUUUUCUCCACUCUGUUCCUUCUAUUUUGCUUCUCCUAGGGUUUUGAACCUUCACCAGCUCCAUCUGCACUUCAAAUUGCUCCAAAUUUCAGUUCCUACACAUAUAUACAACCACUUGUAUGUAUAACUUCAUGUAUUGAAGUUUGAAAUCGAACACGUUCGUUGCGGUUUCCGUUUUAGGUUUCAAAGUUACGGAUCAGGUUUAUGAGAUCUGUAAUUUGCUAUAUUUAGAUAAUAAGAUGUUUGUUUGUUAACUUAAUGUUAGUUAUAGUUCAAAAUCUUUGUAAUAACAUGAUAAUAUCUGCAGAUUUUAUCAUUUUAUGAAUGUGUUACUGAUUUAGACUCUACGUUGACUUUUACUGUGUGUUUUGAGGCUCUACUGUGUGUGAAUUUGAAUUUGGAAGAGUAGAUUAGGUUUUUUCAACAGUUUUUAGCAGAUUAGGGUUUAUACAUUGGGGAUAUGGCGUUUGGGAGGCAUGAGAGGGUUCAGUUUAGUAAAAUCUAUUCGUUAUCGUGUUUUCGGCCUUCAACUAGAGAUGAGCAUGGUCAGAUUGGACAGAAAGGUUAUUCUAGAGUGGUGUAUUGUAAUGAUGUUGAUAAUCCGGAGGCGGUUCAGUUGAGAUACCGUGGGAAUUAUGUGUCGACCACGAAGUAUACGGCGGUUAAUUUUUUACCGAAGUCUUUGUUUGAGCAGUUUCGGCGCGUUGCGAAUAUUUACUUUCUUGUUGUAGCUUGUGUUUCGUUUAGUCCGUUGGCGCCGUUUCGUGCUUCUAGUAUUCUUUUUCCUUUGUUGUUGGUGAUUGGAGCUACUAUGGCAAAGGAAGGUGUGGAAGAUUGGAGACGCCGGAAACAGGACAUAAAGGCGAACAAUCGAAAGAUCCACGUUUACAGAGACCACUCAUUUUCCGAAAGAAAAUGGAAAGAUUUACGUGUUGGUGAUCUUGUUAAGGUCCACAAAGACGAAUAUUUUCCAGCAGAUCUUCUUCUCCUUUCAUCAAGCUAUCCCGACGGGAUUUGUUAUGUUGAAACCAUGAAUCUCGAUGGUGAAACGAAUCUGAAAUUAAAACACGCAUUUGAUUUCACUGCUUCCUUACAAGAUGACGACUCAUUUCGCCAAUUCAAAGCAGUGGUCAAAUGUGAAGAUCCAAAUGAGGAUUUAUACUCGUUUGUUGGGAACUUAAGCUACAAUAAUAAUCAGCAUCCACUUUCACUUCAACAAGUUCUGUUAAGAGAUUCAAAGCUUAAAAACACUGAAUACGUUUACGGGGUGGUUAUUUUCACUGGGCAUGAUACUAAAGUCAUGCAGAAUGCUACAGAUCCACCUUCUAAAAGAAGUAAAAUAGAAAGAAGAAUGGACAAAAUAAUCUACAUUCUCUUCAGCACUUUGAUUUCUAUAUCUUUCAUUGGGUCAAUCUUUUUCGGGAUAAGAACCAAUAGAGAUUUGAACAAUGGAAGUUAUAGAAGAUGGUAUCUUGAACCAAGUCGUACAACUGCUCUUUACGACCCGAAAAGACCCGCAUUAGCUGCAUUACUACAUUUCUUAACAGGCCUUAUGUUAUACGGCUAUUUAAUUCCGAUAUCACUGUAUGUAUCCAUUGAAAUGGUAAAGGUGUUGCAGAGUGUAUUCAUAAAUCAAGAUCAAGACAUGUACCAUGAAGAAACAAACAGACCAGCGCGUGCACGAACGUCAAAUUUGAAUGAAGAAUUGGGUCAGGUUGAUACGGUUUUGUCUGAUAAAACUGGUACUCUAACCUGCAACUCAAUGGAGUUCGUUAAAUGCUCGAUAGCAGGCGUUUCUUAUGGGCGUGGUAUGACAGAAGUGGAAUUAGCUCUGGCCAAAAGGAAAAAUGUGGAGCAGCUUGAUGCUGGUAAUACCUCAAACAUAUCAGAUGAUCAUGCUGUGAAAUCACGGAAAUCAGUUAAAGGUUUUAACUUUUGGGAUGAACGGAUUAUGGAUAGUCAAUGGGUCAAUGAACCUAACUCCGAUGUUAUACAGAAGUUUUUUAGAGUAUUAGCUAUUUGCCAUACAGCUAUACCUGAAGUUAAUAGAGACACCGGUGAGCUUUCAUAUGAAGCUGAGUCACCAGAUGAAGCUGCUUUUGUCAUAGCUGCUCGAGAAGUUGGUUUUGAGUUCUUUCAAAGGACACAAACAAGCAUCUCUUUGCAUGAAUUUGAGAAUGGAAAGACGGUUGACAGGUCAUAUGAGCUUCUUAAUAUGAUAGAGUUCAGCAGUGCUCGUAAGAGGAUGUCAGUGAUCGUUCGAAAUGCAGAAAAUCAGCUCUUCUUACUUUGCAAGGGUGCUGACAGUAUCAUGUUUGAAAAACUCUCUAAAGAAAGUCAACCAUUUGAAGAUCAAACAAAGAAUCAUAUCAACAAAUAUGCCGAGGCCGGUUUACGAACUUUAGUAGUUGCAUAUCGCCCUCUUGAUGAAGUAGAAUAUAAAACAUGGGAAGAAGAAUUCUUAAAAGCCAAAACUUCAGUUUCACUUGAUCGGGACAGUUUAAUAGAUGCUGCUGCUGAGAAGAUAGAACAGGACUUGAUUCUACUUGGUGCUACAGCAGUUGAGGACAAACUUCAAAAAGGGGUUCCUGAAUGCAUAGAGAAACUUGCAAAUGCUGGAAUUAAGAUUUGGGUGUUAACCGGUGAUAAGAUGGAGACUGCAAUAAAUAUAGGGUAUGCUUGUCGAUUACUAGCCCAAGGAAUGAAACAAAUUGUGAUCACAUUAGAUUCUCCGGAUAUUAAGUCCUUAGAAAAGCUAAGAGACAGAGAGGCCAUUGCCAAGGCAUCUAGAGAAAGUAUAGAGAAGCAAUUGAGAGAAGGAAGAUCACAGAUUGAUUUAGCUACAUCUAAAAGUAGCUCAGUUUUGUUUGCUUUGAUAAUUGAUGGGAGAUCUUUAGCUUUUGCUCUUGAUAAAAGUCUUGAAGAAUUAUUUUUAAAAAUCGCAGUUGAUUGCUCAUCUGUCAUUUGCUGCCGUUCUUCCCCUAAACAAAAAGCACUUGUUACUAAGAUGGUCAAAGAAGGUACAAGAAAGACAACAUUAGCAAUUGGCGAUGGGGCAAAUGAUGUUGGGAUGCUUCAAGAGGCGGAUAUUGGUGUUGGAAUUAGUGGUGCAGAAGGAAUGCAGGCUGUGAUGGCAAGUGAUUUUGCAAUAGCUCAAUUUCGAUUUCUUGAACGAUUAUUAUUGGUACAUGGACAUUGGUGUUACAGGCGUAUAGCUAUGAUGAUAUGUUACUUCUUCUACAAAAACAUUGCUUUCGGGUUCACACUUUUAUGGUUUGAAGCCCAUGCUUCUUUCUCUGGCCAACCCGCUUACAACGAUUGGUACAUGUCAUUCUACAAUGUUUUCUUCACCUCACUUCCUGUCAUUGCUCUUGGUGUUUUUGAUCAAGAUGUGUCCGCACGACUCUGUCUAAAGUACCCAUUGCUAUAUCAAGAGGGAGUGCAAAACAUCCUCUUCAACUGGCCAAGAAUCCUCGGAUGGAUGUUCAACGGUGUUCUAAGUUCCAUGAUCAUCUUCUUCAUUUGCAAGAACUCCACAAUCCACCAAGCUUUCCGUGAAGACGGCCACGUCAUCGAUUACGAAAUCCUCGGUGUCCUAAUGUACACUUGUGUAGUGUGGGCUGUCAACUGCCAAAUGGCGCUAUCCAUAAACUACUUCACCUGGAUUCAACACUUCUUCAUCUGGGGCAGUAUCUUCUUUUGGUACGUAUUUCUAGUGAUAUAUGGGUACAUAAACCCCCUAUGGUCAACAACAGCUUAUCGGGUGUUUGUGGAAGCGUGUGCACCGAGCCCGUUUUAUUGGAUGACCACUUUCUUGGUGGUUGUGUCGACCCUGUUACCUUAUUUUCUUUAUAGAGCUUUUCAAACGCGGUUUCAUCCAAUGUAUCAUGAUGAGAUUCAAAGAAGACGGUCGGAAGGUUGUGAGGAGGUGAGUCCUGGUGAGUUGCCAGGUAGGGUGAAGGAUAAAAUGGACCAUUUGAGUGAGAGGAUGAAGCACAGCCACAGGGAAAUAUAGGGUUGGGUUUUGUUUGUUUACUUGUGAAAUUACCAACAUAGCCUGCUGCUAUCAUGUAUGCUAACAUGUAAUAUGUAAAAUUUAUAGUGUAUAUAUUACUAGUUGUAAUUAAACGUGAUCCAUGUUUUUCCCUACAAGUGGUUAUGGAUCAAUUCAAGUGUUUACAUCAAUACGUUACCACAAUAAAGGGAUAUUGAAUUUGA